AUGUCGUAUACAGAUUCCUCCGGCGACAAACACAACGAAUCAUUGACGAUCACACCUUCAAACACUACCACAGAUAACUUCUCCGCCAUGUCCAUUGAUGAUGCAACUCAUCAAUCAGUAGAUUAUGGUCCAAUUGAACGCGAAAAGCUUGGCGAUCCCUUAUUACCUCAUUUAGCAUCACAUGGACAAGUCAAUAAUGACUCACAACCGAAAUCAUUAGCACGAGGAAUGUUAGCUUGGCACGUUAACCUCAUUUCACUUGGAGGAAUCAUUGGCUCAUGUUACUUUCUUGGUGUCGGAAUCACAUUUAAUGCAAUGGGCGCAGUUCCAGUUUUGAUCGGAUAUUUCUUAGCUGGUGUGGCUGUUUUUGGUGUUAUGCAAUCAUUUGCGGAGUUACUUGUUAAUUUGCCACGUCACGGAUCUUUCAUAGCAUACAACCGCGAGUUUUUGGGCGACGCAUUAACAACAGCGAUCGGAUGGUGUUUUUGGCUCAACUGGGUCAUGUACGUGCCUUCAGAGUGUCUUGCAUUUGCAACCUUCAUGAACACGUACUACACGAUUCCUUUCAAAAACAAAGCCUGGUCUGAUUUUGUUUGGGGCUCCAUUUGCUUGGUCCUUCUCACGACGAUCAACUUAUUUAAGGUUAAGUGCUUUGGCUAUGUCGAAAGUAUCAACGCUACCCUCAAGAUCCUUGUUAUUGCAUUUUUCGCAAUUGUUGCUUUGUUUAUUUGGUUUGGUGUCAUUGGCGACAAAGUCCAUCCAUUUACUGAUGAACGCGUAGGUUUUAUUGGCUCUAAAAUCAUCACACAAGGAGAAGGAACGAUGGCACAUAGAUUAUUCCCGAAUGGAUACUUAUGCAUGGUUACAUACCUAAUCAUUGUAUUAGUGAACUUCCAAGGAUCCGAAAUUGUCGGUCUUUCUGCUGCAGAAACACAAAAUCCCGAGAAGAAUAUUCCAAACGCUUGCAAACAAGUCGCGAUCCGUAUUAUUAUCGUAUACUUGAUUCCUAUAUUGUUAAUUACACUCAUUGUUCCAUAUGACAAAGUUCCAAAGACAGAUUCAGUCUUCGCAUUCGCUUUGACUUCAUAUGGACUCAAAUGGGCAGGAAAGAUAUUCACGUUUAUCACCCUCGUCUCUGCAUUUUCAUGCGCGAACAGUGGUUUGUACGGAACAGUUCGUAGUAUUUACGGUUUAUCGAAAGAAGGAUUAGCUCCAAAAUUUUUGUCAACUUUGAACAAAUUCAAUUCGCCAAGAAACGCGAUUUUGUUCACUUUGUCAUUCAUAUGGAUUGUUUUCUUGUUUGGUUUCUUGAGUCAGAACUUAGGAGUUUUCGGAAGCAAUGCUUCUUCUCUUUACGAGUAUUUACUUAACAUCAGUGGCUUUUUCGGAACAAUUAUGUGGAUUGGAAUCAUUGUUUCUCAGAUCAUUUUCAGAAUUAAAAUGAAAAGGAGAGGAUACAAUCCGAAAUCAGAUAUUGUUGCACACGCAAUGUUUUAUCCUUACUUACAUAUAUUUUCCAUUGUUUUGCAAACUGUUGGUUUGUUUUCACUGUUAUUUACAAAAACUGGUUGGACUAUAUUUGCUGCUGCCUCGGCAAUUUUCUUAUCAAUUGUUUUCAUUUUCUUGAUUCUCCAGAAAUGCGGAAAAAUAUCAACAAACGCUGUUUACGCAGAAGAUGAAGUUUUAUUCGACAUGAAAUACCCUCAGAAGACGUACUUCGGUGUUGACCAUGUUAAUUUGCUUGACAAGGAUAAGCUUCUCGUCCAAGAUCCUGAAAUUCAUUAA